AUGUUCGGAGAAUACUCUGUUACCCUUCUUGUAGCUUCUGUGUUGGCUCUUGCCUCGUCAGUCUUGGCGGGAUUCGAUGCCGCUUCCUCGAAAAAUGUCGCCGUAUACUGGGGACAAAAUUCCUUUGGCCAAGUCGGUAGUCAGGCAAGCCUGGCAUUUUAUUGCGAAGAUACCCGAAUUGAUAUCAUCCCCAUUUCUUUUAUGAUAUCUCUUCGUGACCGAACAUUGAAUUUGGGACCCAGUUCACCCGACCUUGAGGAUGACAUCAAAAGCUGCCAAAGAUUGGGAAAGACGAUUCUUCUUUCCUUCCCGGGAGCUUAUUACACGGAGGGCGGUUUUGACUCGGUCGAGAUGGCGAUCAAGGGAGCUCAGGAUGUAUGGGCUGCAUUUGGCCCUGUGCAGGCCUACUCCACCAUCUCCCGGCCCUUUGGUUCCGCUGUAGUCGACGGGUUUGACUUCGACUUCGAAAGCUCUGACAUCGGCUAUAUUGUCGCUUUCGGAGAGGAGCUCGACCGCCUCCGCAGAUACCCAAGCGACAAGAGUAUCAUCCUCACUGCCGCGCCCCAGUGCCCAUUCCCGGACCAGGCCAUGAAUGAACUAUUCGAGAAGAUUCCGUUCGAUGCUCUUUUCAUCCAGUUCUAUAACAACUACUGCGGUGUCAAGAACUUCAACCCAGGUGCCGACAGAAGCAGUUUCAACUUCGACGCUUGGGACCGCUGGGCGAAGCAAGAGUCGCUGAGCCGCCGUGUCAAGCUCCUCCUCGGCGCGCCGGCAAACGUGGCGGCUGCGGGCAAGGGAUCCUACGUCGAGCCGUAUGUGCUCGCCCAGGCGAUCGCGGAGUCCCAGAAGUUCGAGAGCUUCGGCGGCGUCAUGUUCUGGGAUAUGACCCAGCUCUAUAGCAACGUGGGAUUUCUGGACAUUGUCGUCGGGGCUUUGGAGGGGAAUAGGUUCUCGACACCUUCUUCGGAGCCUGCUCCCUCCUCUACGGAACCCGUCUGCCCUUCCUACGGUCGACGCAGCCGAGCCAUUCUAUCCCGGGGCUUUGGAGGGACAUUGGUCCUCGGCACCUUCGGAGCCUGCUCCCCCCUCUAUGGAGCCCGUUGCCCUCCCUACGGUCGACGCUACGGACCCAUUCCAUCCUCUAGCCACCACCAUUGUCGCCUCGGUCAAGGGGUACACCACUCCGGCCCCAGAGCCAACGACCUUGAUCAUCAAGGUCGGGGCACCGGAGCCAUCGCCAGCUUCUCAAGUCCAGGCCAAACCCGUCCUACCCGCCCUACCCGCCCUUCCCAAUAG